AUGCAAUUCUUUGCUCAAAAUGAUCCAAAUUCUUUGAAGAUAAAUAAUGUUUAUUUCCUCCUUGCUCUUUUGUAUUUCUUACCUACAUUUUCAUUUCUAUCGUUGACUUCAGGUUUGUUGCAAAUGCUCACCAUUUUUAUUUGCACAUCAUAUCAUUAUGGUGAUGCAUUAAAUUGUUUAAUUCAUGCUAUGCUGUGCUUUUGUCGAUGUACUAAUCGUAGGAUUUUAAAAAUUACACCAUAA